UACUACAUGAGCUGCUACGCACUUGGACAGACACAGACAGAUGCAGAGACACGAUGUGACAUUCGGCCACGCGUAAUUUGCGCUUCUGGAGAGCGGUGCGCACUGUAAACGCACCGCUGUGUGUAUGAUGAUUUGGCUGUUUCUGGACGCCUGAUGCUGUUGGAAUGAGUCCAGGGAUGCUGCGGCUUGUCUGGCUGCCGGAGUGCCGCCGCGCAACGUGGGGCUGCGCCCUCCACAUCUGCUGAACGGGAGAGGCGCGGAUCGGGCGUUUCUGCGCGUUUUCCGACCUUAUGCUUUGACUCUCACGGGGGAAUAACCCGCUAUGGAUCACUCAGGGGACGUUUAAGCAUCUCCUGCCGUGGUAUCGCUCUCUGCUGGGACUGUGGGAGUGCAUGCUGUUCCUCCCUCUCAGCCUGCAAGAUGGGGAACAGUUUCUCCAAUUUGGCCGCCUUCCAGUCCUUGCACAUAGUCAUGCUCGGGCUGGACUCUGCGGGCAAAACCACCGUGCUGUACCGGCUGAAAUUCAACGAGUUCGUCAACACUGUGCCCACCAUCGGCUUCAACACGGAGAAGAUCCGGCUGGGCGGCGCGGGGGCCUCCAGGGGCAUCAGCUGCCACUUCUGGGACGUCGGGGGCCAGGAGAAGCUGCGGCCCCUGUGGAAGCCCUACAGCCGCUGCACCGACGGUAUCGUGUACGUGGUGGACUCCGUGGACGCCGAGAGGUUAGAGGAGGCCCGGACCGAGCUGCACAAGAUCACCCGGUUCUCUGAGAACCAGGGGACCCCGCUGCUGGUCAUCGCCAACAAGCAGGACCUGCCCCGGGCGCUGGAUGUUGGGGAGAUCGAGAGGCAGCUGGCCCUGGCCGAGCUGAGUCCCUCCACCCCGUACCACGUCCAGCCGGCCUGCGCCAUCAUAGGAGAGGGUCUGGAUGAGGGCAUGGACAAGCUGUAUGAGAUGAUAGUGAAGAGGAGGAAGUCUCUGAAGCAGAAGAAGAAGAGGCAGUGAUGCCAGAUUUUGGCUGGAUGAUGGAAAAAAAAGCUAUGAUAAAUCCCUGCUACUGAAAUAUUAUAGGAUGGAUUCUAUUUUUACAAUGAUACGUAGCAGAUAAAAAACACCAUGAGGCAUAAAUAUCAUUACUGACUACCACAGAAACAUUGAAAGUCUCCAUAUCUGAUGGGAAAAUAUAUACAGUGAUGCCACAUGAGCUAGAAAUACCAGUAUUGUCUCUAUAACUCAUUAGCAUCCAUAUGCUCCUGUAGGAAUGUUAUAGAGGGAAAUGCCUGAACUUCAUUUACCAACAUCUUUAUUUGCAGAAAACAACUAGAUGAUCUCAUGGCAUAAUCAUGAAUAAUAUAAAUUCACAAAAUAAUCAUAAUAAUCUCAAAUUUAAGGGAAAUAUUGACGGGUUGCCUUGAUAAAUGACUGUUUUAACCCUCUUUACAGGGAGAGUGUCUCUAUAAACUGUGGCACUCCCCCUAUAAGUCCCUGAUGUAUUAUUAUUAUUAUUAUUAGGACUGCUUCAUGAGCGAUGUGUACAUGAUAGCGGAGAUGUUUUAUAAAGUGUAUGGAUCUACUGGCAGAGCUCCCUGUUGCUGCCGGGUUGUGCUGUGCACAGAUGUGAGACUGUUGUAAAUGUGAUUAGGGAUGCACUGAUGAUUUAGAGCUGUGAGACGGUGUUACACCAAAGAUGACUCCCCUGAGAAGACACACAAAACUCCCUGCCACGUGUUUAAGUUCAGUUAACUAAUAAGGUCACUGUGGUUUCACCUUUUUACAGGAAUAUUUUUUAAAAUCCAGCUUGUAGUGUUGAAGCUCUACGAAGCAGAUUGGUCAUGGAUGAUUUAAAAAGGGCUCAAUGUUCAUUCCUCAGAGGUUAAGCUAAAUUUUCAUGUGUUAUAUGUUGCAUUUGACAGAAUUAUAUAAGACACCAAUCCUCUUUUUAAAGACGCAAGCAAUUUCAGAAGGAAAUUAGCAAAUUGGCAGUGGUUUAAGAAAAUGAAAUUCACCCACUGACCCCCUCUUUUUUGCAUUUUGAAAUCAUUUUCUGAGUGGUGUGUCUUUCCCAGAGAAACCCUCUUUGAUUACACCUCCCCCGGAGAUCUCCAGCUCUGUGAACAGCUGAUUCUGUCUCUUCAGAACUCAGCAGAUGUCUGCUUGAGACUAGAAACUGACCAUUUUAUCGUUGCAUCAUCUGAUUUGUUUUGACUCUUCUCACAUUUUCUGGUCUUGGUUUCAGUUUGUACCCUCCUUUCUUCCAUGAAAAAUAACCAGUUGCUAACAUAAGUUGCCAUGUGUUUGUUUACAGCUGGAUAUAUUUGCUGCAGAGAGUUAGGACCUACAAAUCAUCUCCAGCUGCACUGUUUUGAUGCCAAAUACUUGUGAGCACAUAAACCAUUUUCCAGUGGCUGGAAAAAAAAAGCUAUAUUUCUUGCUCAUUGCUUUUUAGGGUCAGGGAUACAAAAACACUGAUAAAUGCUAACAAUGUCUUUGGUUCAUCAAAAGGGUUCAAAUAUGUUUAAAAUAUCCAACAUAUCAGACUUCUGUUAGCGAUAGAAUGACAAAGCCUUUGACUUCUUUUCAGCAUUGUCCCUGGUCUUACAGGUCCACCGGCUAAAGUAAUUGUUUUUAGUAAUCCAUUAAUCAUUUAGACCAUUAAUUGCCCAGAAAAAUUUUGCAGGGUGACCUCUUCAGACACAAUUUUCUGUCAAACUGACAGUUCAAAAUUGUUGUUUGACUCUUGUGCUUGAUGAAUAACCUAAAUGAUUUAUCAGUUGUCAAAAUAGUUGUCAAAUAAUCACUUCAACCCUAUUUACUUUUUCAUACACAUUUUUCGUAUGCCUGAUAAUUCAGUGUUUUAUUUAAGCCACUAAGCAAAUCAUGGUCAUUAAUCAAGCGCCAACAACCAUUAUGCAUUCAGCAUGAGAUGAAAAAUGUGUCUGAUAUAUUUUCUUUUCCUCUGACGAGUUAUAAAGAUACACUGGACAGUCGUCGACAUAGAGUGAGCGAUUUUGCAUGCAGCAAUCAAACAAAUGAGUUAUUUACAACCCUCCUUUCCAGUUUGAGGUGCAAUUUAAAGUGAAUGUUUGAAAUUAGGCCAAA